AUGUCGUAUCGCGCUCCCUUCGUGGUCCCCGCCAUCAAGAAACAUACUGCGACUGUCAUAAUGGCGCAUGGUCUGGGUGAUAGUGGAGCAGGCUGGGUCGGCCUUGCACAGAACUGGCGUCGCCGAAGCAAGUUCGACGAAGUCACCUUUGUUUUUCCUAAUGCGCCCAUGAUUCCAAUCACAGUUAACAUGGGUAUGACAAUGCCAGGCUGGUACGACAUUGCACAUUUAGGCCAAGAUAUGGAAUUUGAAGAAGCCCAACGCAACCAGGACGAACCCGGCAUCCUCAAAUCUCGCGACUACCUCAACAGCCUCAUCAAAGAAGAAAUCGACAAGGGUAUCGAGCCCUCCCGCAUCCUGCUCGGCGGAUUCUCGCAGGGCGGCGCUAUGUCAUUAUUUACUGGAAUCACAUCUCCACACAAACUCGGCGGCAUAUUUGGAUUGUCGUGCUACUUGUUGCUGUCAACUAAACUCAAGGAGUUCUCGCCUCCAGGCGGAGAGUUGCCGAAUGCGAAGACGCCGUUUUUCAUAGCGCAUGGGACUGCUGAUCCCGUUGUCAAGUAUGAGUUUGGUGAUAUGACGCAGAAACAUCUAAAGGGAUUGGGGUUUGAUGUUGAGUUUCAUACUUAUCGUGGCCUCGCGCAUUCUGCAGACCCGGAGGAGAUUCAGGACUUGGAGAAUUUCAUUGCAAAGACUCUGCCUCCUACAUCGGAAGAAUCAGCUGGUCUGUGA